CAAUACGGAAGCGGUGGGAUCCCAGGGGUCCGACAGCGGGUGGGUCGGAACCAUGGGGGAGCCCUGGGCGGCUCGGGGUGCAGAAGGAGCGCCCGCGCGGUUGCCACUGGUGCUCACCGCGCUGUGGGCUGCAGCCGUGGUAUUGGAGCUGGCUUACGUGAUGGUGCUGGGACCCGGGCCGCCCCCGCUGGGACCCCUGGCCCGGGCUUUGCAACUGGCGCUGGCUGCUUAUCAGCUUCUUAACCUGUUGGGCAACGUGGGACUCUUCCUGCGCUCCGAUCCCAGCAUUCGGGGCGUGAUGCUGGCUGGCCGCGGCCUGGGCCAGGGUUGGGCUUACUGUUACCAGUGCCAAAGCCAGGUGCCGCCGCGCAGUGGGCACUGCUCUGCCUGCCGCGUGUGCAUCCUGCGUCGUGACCACCACUGCCGCCUCCUGGGCCGCUGUGUGGGCUUCCACAACUACCGGCCCUUCCUGUGCCUGCUGCUUCACGCGGCUGGGGUCCUGCUCCACGUCUCGGCGCUGCUAAGCCCUGCUCUGUCAGCCCUGCUGCGGGCUCACUCGGCCCUCUACACGGUGGCUCUCCUCCUGUUGCCCUGGCUCAUGCUACUCACAGGCAAAGUGUCUCUGGCCCAGUUCGCCUUAGCUUUUGUGGUGGACACAUGUGUGGCAGGUGCACUUCUGUGUGGUGCUGGACUGCUUUUCCAUGGGAUGCUCCUGCUGCGGGGCCAGACCACCUGGGAGUGGGCUCGGGGUCAGCACUCCUAUGACCUGGGCACCUGUCACAACCUGCAGGCAGCCCUGGGUCCGCGCUGGGCCCUAGUCUGGUUCUGGCCUUUCCUGGCUUCCCCUUUGCCUGGAGAUGGGAUCACUUUCCAGACACCAGCUGAUAUGGGUCUUGUGGCUUCCUGAGUCCAGGUAGAGCCAGAACUGAAUAGGGAGGAAGGGAGCAGAGGAGAGUGCUGGGAACUUGCUUUCAACUUCAUGCCAGCCACAGGAGGAAGGCCAGGUUGGCCUUUCAUGCCUCUAGUGGGCAGCUCUAGCUCCCUCCUUGGACCUGCCCAGUGCGGGCUCUUCCACAUGGAGAGUUCAGACACUGCAACCCUGCCCCUUUUGGUGGUGGUGGUAGGGUUUGGCAAGGGGUCUACUUGGCUUGCCUGUCUGCCCCUCUACCAUGCCCACCUGCUUCUUGGCCUCCUCCAUCUUUGCUGGGUUCCUGUCCCUCACGUUGUUUUGCUUGUUGUUUUCUAGUUCCCAUGGUUGUCAGGCCUGGAGACCACUGAAGGCAUGAGAUCCUAACGGGCCUUGGAAGGGUGUGGUGGGAUCCAGGCAGGGAGAAGCCCAGUGUGCCCUAGAGGAUAGCACUCCGUGGACACAUCUCUGCAGCAGGGGUGUCAAGGAAGCUCUUGUAGCUCACCUGUAUGUGGGGCCAGGGUUAGGAUCUUGUUCUGUCAGAAACAUAAAGCCCUGCUAGACCAUGUGACAAGAUUGUGGGGUAGAAAUGUAGACCUUGUUCAAGGGAAUCCACCUGCUUCUGCUUUUACCUUUUUUUUUUUUUUUUUUUU